GAUAUAAGGCCUGGAUACACGCUUCAUGGAAACUGACAACAAACAAAAUGGAGGGCAUUGCAACCCAACUAACAGCAUUAUCCGACCUGCUAAAACCGCCCGAAGAUGGAGACUCAAGCGAUGAUGAACUGGAGAAACCAAACCGACCCAAGUUUACUCCCGGCAACAUCGGACCAGUGAAGAAGACGUCAAGGGCAGAUCCAAAAGAAAACAAAGUAACCACUAAAGACAUCUGGGAGCCUGAGGAAAUUCCAGACAGCGCUCACGCAGAAGAUGAAUUUGAUCCAAGGCCCUCCCCAGAGUAUGAUAUGGUUUUCAAGCAAGCUAUAUCACCAGAAGAGAUGUUCCUGCAAAUGGGGAAUAGAAACCCAUCUAGUGCAUCUUGCGAGGAGAUUGUGGUAAAGAUCAAACUUCCAGACACAGAGUACAAGGAUGUUGAUCUUGAUGUCACUGAUACGUUCCUGGACUGUAGAACACCCAAAUACAAACUUGGCAUCCAUCUUCCUAAUCCUGUCGAUAGUAAAAAUGGAAAGGCAAAGUGGGACAAAAGAACAGAAUUACUGACAGUCACUCUAAGACUUGUGAGAGAAUAUGACUUUUUGAACUUUUGAUGUGCUAUACUCUGACAUAGAGAGUGGGUCAUCGGUGAAUACUAGGCUGUCGAUAUGUACAUUUGUAAAUUUUCUAGCAAUCUUAUGACAACAAGUAAAGAAGUUUGUAAUUUUC